GAUUAUCAAUUCUCAAGAUAUCGACAAUUUUCUUGCAUAUACAAUGUAGGAGUUGUAAACAAUUAGAAACAAAUUCAGAUUUGCAGCAAUUAUUUUGUGUGUUCAUAGAAUUGAAAUAUUAAACAAGUAGAGAAUUCAAAUCUGAAGCAAGUUAAUAAUUAAAAAGUAUAAAAGGCAUUAGCCCGUGAAAAGUGAAUUAAUUUUUUUAAAAGGGGCGAAGCAUGUGUUAUUAUUUUCAACUUAUACAACUUCUAAUAUAAAAAGUAAAUAAAUAUUCAUAAAAAUGUCUGAAACCGAUUUAGACAAAAGGAAUUCCUGUAUAAAUUAUCACAUAAUUGCUGAAUGGAAAAGUUGGUGUCGCCUUUGUGCUAAAGCCAAUGCAAGUUAUAUCAAUGCUCUGACUGGGCAAUGUGUGCCAACCAUGUCCAGUUUUAAUGUUUACAAUUUAAACAAUAUAGUAUCUGUAAUAGCUGAUUUUUUUCAAGUACAUAUUAAUGAAGACGAGAAACUUACGCCCCUUAUUUGUACAGAUUGCUACAACAUAGUUAAAUCCUUCGUUGAUUUUAGUGAGAAUAUUAGAAAAGUACAAAAAUUUUACGAUGAUCUAUUGCAUAGAGAUAAUACAAUGAAAAUAGAUUUAUCAGCUUUGUAUGUGAAACAUGGCUUAUUUAAAGAAGAAUUAUAUAUAGCACAAGCCAGCACUGAACUACCAGUGGAAGAAAUUUUUAUUGCGGAUUCACGUGCUGCAAGUACAGCACAUACAUCGAAAUUUCAAAUAAAAAAUGAAAAAUCAUCAGAAGCAUUAUCGCCUGAGGUACUCAUUAAAGAACUUGAAAAAGAAGAAGAACUUCAAGACCCUAUUGCCGAAGAAAAAAUACUUACUGGAGUUGGGAUUAGUGCAGCCACAACGAGAAAAAACAAUUACGGAGACAAUGAUGACUAUGACAUGCAAAUGGAUUCUUCGGACGAAGAUGAGAGAAAGCGGCACAAUAGAUUGAAUAAUGAGGAUAUUGAAACGGAUGAUUCCGAAGAAGUCACAAAAGAGAGUAAAUACACCUGUAAUAUUUGUUCACAUCGUUUUCAACGUAGCGGUAAUUAUGCUGCACAUAUGAUUAAGAAACAUAAAAAAAUUAUAUGCCCACAUUGUCCUGGCUCAUUUGAUAGUGAAUCAAAUUUAAAGCGUCAUAUGAAAGAACAUCGAGAGUUAUACCCGUGUAAACAAUGCGAUCGCAAAUUUCAGCGGAAAGAAUACGUUGCCCAACACAUUAAAUGUGUUCACAACGAUGAGCGCCCAUUUAUUUGUGAAGCAUGCGGCGAUGCUUUACGAUCGAAAGGACAACUUAAAGAGCACAUGUUAACUCACACAGAUUACUCUCCUUUCGAAUGUAAGGAGUGCGGAAAGUGUUUCAAACAGAAACAACGUCUAAAGAGACAUAUGCAAAUACAUGGGGAUAAACUUAUUUGCAACGAAUGUGGGAAACAGCUAAGUUGCCGUGCCACAUACAAUAGUCAUAUGUUAGUGCAUUCCGAUAAAAUGCAACACAAGUGUGAUUAUUGCGGCCGAGCAUUCAAGCGUGCCAAAACACUUAAAAGCCAUUUAAUACUCCACAGUGGACUAAAACCAUAUUCGUGCGAAUUUUGUGAUAGGACAUUUACAAAUGGGUCAAAUCGACGUACUCAUAUGAAAAGGACGCAUCCAAGUGAAUUAGCCGAGUUAGAAGCUUCAGGAGAAAAAAUGUAUACCAAAAAUAUACCAGAAUUGGCCGUGUUGAAAUCUGUAAUACGAAAAGCCGAGAACCUUAUACCUGUUGUCUCAAAACAAAGUGGAAAUUUCGCUUUCGGCAAAAAAACAUACUCGAAACCAGUAAAUUCUGCGGACACAACGAGUUCCGAAUUGAAGAAUUAAAUAAUAAUUAGCUAUAAAUAAUAUCUUUAGCGUUA